GCCGUAUUCCUGAGAUCUGGCCUUCGCCAAGUGCUACUCAGGAUUAAUGCCGGCACGACGCAUUUCAGGGCACAUGUAUCCUGUCUUCGUGUUAAUCAGUGACCACCUGUUGGGAAGAUGCAGGCACCCUUUGUCUGACGGCGGCGGACAGGCUCUAGGUAUGGAGAUAGAAGGCCUCCCACUUCGUUUGGAUAGGUCGGACUUCUGUCCUUGCCAUACGGCCGCAAUGCCAUGCGGUGGCAAAUGGUUCUCCACCUUGUUUGGUGCUCUUGAUUCCAUGCUUUCUAUUCGUCGUAGCUUUUCUCCAAGUUCCCUCACUUCCAGAUUGGUACGAUCGGAAGGUGUUGGAACCUGAAGAAACGUGUGUGCAGUUAUCGUCUUGUGAUUCAUCAUCAUGCCGCUUUAUUGCUUCUCUAUGACAUUGUUCGGCCUUUGAUUAAUAUAGUCUCUUGGUCUACCUAGCCCCGCAGCCCUAUAUAACAUGCGGAUAGAUGAGAUGCUCUUGCUGCCUUCUUCCGCAAGCCCUUCUCUUGAAGAUGCUCCCCGCAUAUACUCUCGCUGUCCUACUGCUUGCUACCUUCUCCUCAGCCAACGUUCUGCCUGCCCUUCCCGGCCUCAGCGAACAUACCGCCAUCAAAGUCAGGUCAAACUUGCUACAGAUUGCCACUCACAGCUGGGAAUUGGGAACUGCUGCUCAGGCCUUAACGGAACUUAACGCAUCGUCUUUGUCGGUCUUCAGUCCCUUCACUCUCCCUCCCCCGACACGUUUAGAUGAUCGUCUAAAUGCUUCAGCUUCAGAUGUGAUUAAUAUAGCGACAAACAUAGUGAGGGCUUUACCGGUGGAUAGCAAGGUGUUAGUAGACGGUGAUGGAGCGGUGGGGGAUCCAGCUAGUCUUGGAGUCGCUGUGUUGCUUGCCAAUUGGACGAGGACAAAUCUUUCGGAUUCUUCUUUCUCCGUUGCCGCCAGUCAGCAGCUUAACCAUCUGCUCUAUGUCGCUCCUCGCAAUGCAAAUGGUGCAAUAUCACAUCGAGAAGACCAAGUUCAACUCUGGGCGGAUUUCGUAUAUAUGGCGCCUCCCUUCAUAGCCUACUACGGUGCAUUAUCUACAGGGGACACGUCACAAUCCAUUGAUCUAUUACAGGAAGCCUAUGACCAGUGUCGGUUGUAUCGAGAUAUCCUAAGGGACGCGGACGCAGGCUUGUGGAAGCAUAUUGUCCUCGGGUCUGGCGAACAGGACUUGACGCAUUGGGGCACAGGCAAUGCGUGGGCUGCUGCAGGGAUGCUGAGAGUACUGGAGACCAUACGGCACUCUAGGGUUUCGUCUCAAUUUGAAGCACAGAAAGGCAAUCUCACAUUGUGGAUUGACGAGAUUGUGGGCUCAGCAUGGAAGCACCAGGCAAGUCAAUCCCAUGAAAGGUUCCUUAGAUCUUGUGUUAACAUUUAUUCAUCUCAGCAAACAAACGGCACACUUCUGAAUGUAUUGGAUGACCCCCGUUCAUUCGCAGAUUCAUCCUCCACGGCUCUUUUAGCAGCUGCGACUUUCAGGUUGGCUUCCAUCACCCGUGAUUUCUCCCACGUCUUACCUGCAACGAGGGCGUUCCAGCUCAUUCAGCAGAGUCUCGAUUCGGAUGGCUGGUUGCUCAAUACCGUAGACCCGCUGACGUUCAACACCCCGUCUGCCCCUGGCGUUCACAGCCCGGAAGGGCAGGCCUUUGUACUUUUGCUCGAGUCCGCAUGGCGUGACCUUGUCGCAUCGUCGAUCAUAUAGUCGGGACGGCUCAUCAUUGAUCAUCAAGCUCUGGUGUGGUUUUGUUUCUUCAUUUGGGAAGAAGACAGCGACGAUCCUGACUGGUAAAAUUGUAAAAAUAUGGGGGCCAUGGGGCCUUCACGAAAGCACCUCGGUGCUACUAGAGUGUACUGUAACGUAUUGUCUGUGAGAAUAAAAGUGACUGCCGAGAUCUGUUGGACGGUUUCGAGACGCGGGGGCGAUUGCUUAGUCAGCGACA